AUGUCAGACACCUGUAUCGUUUGUUUGGGAGACCUGGGCGAAGGCGCGGGCGACCCUCUCGUGCCUGUAGGCGACUUCAGCCUCAAGGAUGAGGACUCCCAGAUCGCCCAGCUACUACCCUGUGGCCAUAUCUUACACAAUAAUUGCUUGAAGCCAUGGGUGGAACGAGCGAACAGUUGCCCGAUCUGUCGCCGAAGUUUUAAUAUGGUGGAGUUGAGUGACCGGCCUGGAGGAACCGUUCUUUCAUCAUAUGCCGUUCAGGACCGAACACAAACAGCCGAUAUCGACCCUUCUAUGAUCAUCGAAUAUGCAGAGGAUGACUUGGUGGACUAUCAACCAUGCACGAUUUGCAGGCAAGCCGACAACGAAGAUGUUCUGCUACUAUGUGACGGAUGCGAUAAAGCGUCCCACCUCUAUUGCCUCGGGAUUGACGAGAUCCCAUCGGGAGAAUGGUAUUGCCAACAAUGCGAGUCACAACGUGCACCAGGACCUGCACCCGAGGUACCCUCGGCGCGACCAUCUCGAACCGAGCAGCGGAGUCAGCGGAGUCAGCGUAACCAACGACGCCAGCGAACACGGGCCCAGCAACGACGUCUACAUAAUCGCAGCCAAACAAACUCGCUCCAUUGGGCCAGAGUUUGGCAGUCUGUUUGGGACAACCUCAACCUCGACCUAGAUUUCCCAUUCGACGACGAUCGAUCCGCCGAACGUUUGCGUCAGCAGCGCCGUCGCGAAGAGGCAAACCAGCGCGAAUUCCAAGCCUGGCAACGUCGAUUCGAGGUCGCCGAACGACAGGGCGGCGGAAGCCGUUUUCGUGAUGCAGCACCGCAGUUCGAUGUGGAGGCUGCCCGGCCCUCACGUCCUCGGGUCCCCCGGGUCCCAUCGCCGGAGCCCGAAUCCCUAGAAGAGAUGCGUGCGUGGAAUGCAUUCGAGAGAGCACGGGAAAUCGAGAACAACCCAAACGCAGCCAGGAAGCGCAAAGAGCCCACCAUGUCGCCAUCACCCGAGCCUACUGAGCCUCAGCGCAAGUUGAAACGCCCUCGAACCAGAAGGCCGCAAGAGCUUGCUGCCCGAGCUCAACAAACCCAAAAUGGUGAAUCAUCUCGAGCCGGUGCCGCCAGCUCCAGCUCCAGCUCCAGCGCUUAUCACCCCACUGGACCGAGCUUCCUCUCAUCGCUAUUGAAGGAAGUUGAAGACGCACCCAGUCGUACCAAUUCAUACGGACCUUCUGCCUCGACAUCCGUGGCACCCACCGACCACCCCUCGCCAGGCCCCUCAUCUCCAUCUAUAUCGCCAACCUCCUCCAGCUAUUCAUCCCCUCUUCUCUCAUCGGCUACACCCCCGCCUUUCCCGCGCAGCCGGCCCAUCUCCCCUCUCCAACUAUCAUCCCCGGCUGAGCCACCGUCUCCACCGUUCUCACCCGAACUCCCAUUCUCAGUCAGUCCACCACCUAACCAACAUUCCACUCGCAAUUCCGCUCGACCUCGCUCCCGCAUCCCGCAACGCCUGAACACCGCCCAUGUCCACUCCCACUCCCACUCCCCAGACUCCUCCCCCACCCGUGCCGGUCCAUCUUUGGCCCUGAAAGCAGACAUCCAGAAAAUGGUCGGCACGGCACUCAAACCCCACUAUAAGAAGAAGAUCAUCUCGAAAGAGCAAUACACCAAUGUCAACCGCAGCAUCUCUCGGAUGCUCUACGAGCGAGUCGGUGAUCGCGAAACCCUCGAGCCAGACGAACGCACAAACCUUGAUACAGAGGCUCAGCAUGAAGUGCAGAACACAAUCGACGCUCUGAAGAGGCAAAGUAAAAAUAAGCAGAAACAGCGGGCUGCAGAUGAUUCUCAAUGA